UAGUAGUCAUUCCCGCAAUUUUCUCCUGAAAGCAAUUCGGCCUGAGUGAGAUAUUUCUCAUCUAAAAUGGACCAUUGUCGACGCGCUGGCAAGCGAGUCUGCCUCACAUAUUUGCUUUCGUUCGUGCUGCUCUCGGCGUUUUUCUACUACCUAAUGGCGCACAACAGCAGGAAUAACAUGGGAAUAAUGCGCCUUCGCGAGGAUGUGGACGAUAUAUCGCACAUGCUCCGCCAGCAGCAGAUGGACAGCAGGGAAGGCCAGAUCUCGGGCAAGUUCAACUGCCUGGGAGGAGAGCCAAAGGGAAGUGGGUCUGGCAGGUGUGAUAACCGGGACGUGAGCGCCUAUGUGGACACCCUGUUCAAGCGCAAGAUCGGGCAUUUAAUGGACGACGUGUACAACCUGAAGAAGCAGGUGAUGGGUGCCGACUGUUCCGCUCGGACAGCUCAAUUCAGUCCCGCAAAGGAGCCCGCUUCGCUGGGGAAGCCUCGCAUUAACUACGCCUCCGAGGACCUGGGUGCCAGGAUCAUCGACGUGAAGGCCCAGCCGAUCGGAGGUACCAAUGUCAUCAUGAGCCUGCUGGGGCUGGAUUUCAGCGCCAAUCCGCCGGUGAACAUGCUGCGGCCGGAACUUUCUCCGGGAGCCUGCUUCGGAUUCAACGGAAGCCGGGCCGUCGUGACCCUGCAUCUGGCCAAGACCGUCGUCGUGGAGGCCCUAUCCCUCACCCACGUGGCCCGCGAAAUGACGCCCAGCUUGUGCGUGAAGAGUGCGCCCAAGGACUUCGAUGUUUAUGGCCUUCCCUUGGACAGUUCCAAGCGGCAGUUGUUGGGACAGUGGACCUUCGAUAACGCGGCCAACCGGCGCACUCAAAGCUACACUGUGCACAAUGACUUGUUAUUUCGGAACCUUAUUUUUUCAUUCAACUCUAACCACGGUGCGAACUCUACCUGCAUAUAUCGCGUUGAAGUGUUCGGGAGAAUGAAGUAAUACGCUGCACUCGUCUUCAAAAUGUUUGUAUAUUUUAUUUUCUAAGCUUAAUAAUUGUUGCCCUCGUUGAAGUUCAAUACCCUAGUUGUAACAUCACAAUUUAAUGAUAAAUGGUGGUAAAUAUUCUUCAUAAGAACAAGAGAAAAUUUAAAGAAAU